AUGAUGCUGAACAGAUACAAGACAAUUACACCGGAGCCACCACCGGACUCGUACAUCAAUUCACUUCUAAAUGCGUCAAGGUUGAUGGAUUAUGUAGAAGUACUCGUAGAUAUGUUUAGAGUAUCACAGAGACAGGCUAUUUUUCAAUGGCAGCCUCAUGUGCUUAUACUUUCAGAUGGCUCAGCAUCAAAUCGCUAUUUUGACGAUAUCAUACCGAUGGGUGAAUGUGAAGUUCGUGAUGCCCUCAUGAAUGAAGUGAAACGGCAUCGUUAUUGGAAAUCUUCUGCUUUCAAAAAAAUGCAGUUUGAGCGUUUGGAAAUGCUCAAUUGCUUGCAUUACGUUCUGGAAUCAUUCACGGAAGCUCGCGCAACAUCAGAAGCCACUGAAGCCGUUACACCUGGUGCAUUGCUUGACCAAGGCUCCUCAUCCAUUCAAAAUCCAUGGGAUUUUGAAGUACUGCCCAGCAACAUGUUUUCAGAUCAGGUGCGUGUACUUGAAAUGCCUGGAAGCAGCACGAUAAAUGCGUGCUCGGUAUGUAACUCUGAAGGAACCUACCAUUGCUUUCAUUGUCGUGGCCUAGGUACAGAUAAAUGCAAUUUUUGCAGGGGCACCGGCAUGAAGGCAGGUGUAGCUCAUCCAGCUGUUUAUACUCAUCCAAUGGUAGCUACUUUUCCUCAUGUAAGCAUUUAUUAUCAUUAUGUGAUAGGUUUAAGGUUAGUAGGGAGUAUGUUACGGUAAUU